UGAGCUUCGUUAUCGCUGCAUCGUGGUCGGAGAGAGCCGAGAGCUGUUGGACAGGACUGGUUUCCCCGAGAGGGUCGCAAGAUAUAUUCAUCUGAAACGCCGCCAGUAUCUGAAAAAUGACAAAAAUGAGCAAUUUUCAUGUAAAAGUUGGCCUCCUUUGCUUUGUUGCAAUUUUUUCACCACUCUUUGCACAAAGGUCGCCUGUUUUAAUUUCAGCCAUAGAUGAGAAUGAAUAUUUUAACAUUAUUCAUAAAUCAAAUUCAGUACAAGACACUUAUCAAUUAGAAACAAAAACAGAAACCACCACCACCAUUUCGUCAGCAAUAACUAGCCCGACAACUGCAACGACACCUUCCACUUCUCAAUCAACAACGAAACCAGAGACCACCACCAACACCACCACCACUUCGUCAUCAACAACUAGCCCGACAAAUACAACGACACCUUCCUCUUCUCAAUCAACAGCGAAACCAGAUACCACCACCAACACCACCACCACUUCGUCAUCAACAACUAGCCCGACAAAUACAACGACACCUUCCUCUUCUCAAUCAACAGCAAAACCAGAGACCACCACCAACACCACCACCACUUCGUCAUCAACAACUAGCCCGACAAAUACAACGACACCUUCCUCUUCUCAAUCAACAGCGAAACCAGAGACCACCACCAACACCACCACCACUUCGUCAUCAACAACUAGCCCGACAAAUACAACGACACCUUCCUCUUCUCAAUCAACAGCGAAACCAGAGACCACCACCAACACCACCACCACUUCGUCAUCAACAACUAGCCCGACAAAUACAACGACACCUUCCUCUUCUCAAUCAACAGCGAAACCAGAGACCACCACCAACACCACCACCACUUCGUCAUCAACAACUAGCCCGACAAAUACAACGACACCUUCCUCUUCUCAAUCAACAGCGAAACCAGAUACCACCACCAACACCACCACCACUUCGUCAACAACAACUAGCCCGACAAAUACAACGACACCUUCCUCUUCUCAAUCAACAGCAAAACCAGAGACCACCACCAACACCACCACCACUUCGUCAACAACAACUAGCCCGACAAAUACAACGACACCUUCCUCUUCUCAGCCAACAGCACAACCAGCAACCACUACGACCUCCACCACCACCACCACCACCACCACCAGUCCACCAACAACAACGAGCACGUCAACUCCAUCAACUGUAAUCAUUUCCACAUUACCUACGGAAGGUGCUAGUACAACGCCAUCAGGAGCAGCGCAGUUGACUGUGAAUUUUCUAACGUUUGUCAUGUUUCUCUGUGUGCCUUUAAUUAUUAGAUGUAGAUAAAGUUUUAUCAUUUGUGUGUAUACAAAGCAAGUAUUUGUAUGUUUUGUGUUUGUUUUUAAUAAUUUAUUAUUUGAAACUAGUUUCAUUUUUUAAAUGAUACUAUUUGUCAUUUUAUAUUUACCGUUAUUGAAGGCGCUUUAAUUCAUAGUGACUUUUUGUUUACAUUUAUUCUUGUUUUUUUUAGCUGCAGGAGAAACAUUUUUUUAACAAAAUAAUUUUUUAUACACCUUCCAAGACUUUUGAAGUGAUGGAAAAAUGUUAUCUUAUAAAAGAAAAUUUUAUAUUUGAAAUAUGUAGGUAUACAUUGUGUAUGUGUUUCUCGCCAGAAAUCUUACACGUUCUGUCACAAAAACUCUAAUAUAUAAUAUCGCAGCUAGUAUGGCCUUCUGUACCAAAUAAACUAAACUUACAUGAAAUAAAAUAAGCAUUUUAAAACACUUUAGUAACAUUAAAAACACUAUCGCUUUAAAUGUUGGAUCAAUUAUAUUUUUCGAAAAUUCUUUCUUUUUUUCUACGCCACUGGAAAAGUGAUUUUACUGCGAAUAAGCUUAAGUGCUAUUAUUGUACGCUGAUUUGAAAAUAAAAAUACAUAUUUCCAUUGCUAAUGUAAAUGUAAAACAUUUUUAUAUAUUUAUGAAAAUGUUAAAUCAAAUGUAUGAAAAUUUAUAUUUUAAUUUUCUGUUUCAAAGUCUUAAAAUCACUGUCAAUUUUUUUUACGUAAUAGAUCUAUGGCUAUUAAAGAAUAAAAUCUGCAAAGAAUACGUAUUAAUUUGUAAGAAAAUAAAAAGAUUUUAUUAAAAA